GAUAUCGACACAACGCACCAGGGCGCCGGGAGGAGACUUACGUGAUGGUACGAGUAGGUCCAAAGAGACAGCUGAUCCACUCGCCGAUGCUGACUGGGUUGGCGCGAGCGCCAGUAAGUAGUAGGAAAAGGCUCAGCAGCGAGGCUCGACUGAGAAGCAUCUUGUUGAAUGAUGCGGAUGCGGAUGAGUAAUGGAUGUAUCCAGCCAGAUCGGAUUCGCCAUUUAAAGGCUUCUCUGAGCUCAAGAGGCCAUCCGUCAUCAUCGCGGUUGUCACACGAUGCGAAAGCGCUAGCCGCGCAAACAGAAGAUGGAUUGACGGCUCGGAUAGGUGCGAACGAGCUUCCCUAGCGCAGUAGCCGAGUCUCGACGAUGUGAAGGAUGGUACACAGAGGGGCGAGAGCCGUAAUUGCAGCGGCUCUGAAUCAUGAUCUUCGCCGUACCGUACCGCCUUCCCCGCAUGGUUGUGCAGGACGACGGCUAGCCGAGUGCGGGGUUGAAGGUGGUGGCACGGAUGGCGAACGGCAACGGCGCCGGCGGACCGCGUUGAGGAGGUUCGAGUGCGCUAGUGCAGUCUUUUCUCGACCAUCGAUAUUGCCCACGCCGUGUGGUACAGCCCAUCCCUUCACUCGGCACUGUCUGGGGUCCUUGGAACCUAUUGAGCUUCGCAAUGGACGAUUCUUCUUCUGCGCCGAUCGCUCUGCCAAGCUUAGGGUGACAACACUUCAGACGAGGGCCUGCCGGCCGGAAAUAUUGGGAACACUGAAGCCAAGGCUGCGGCCGCUCUCUCCAGUUGAACACGCCAAGCAGCGCACAUUGCGAGGUCGUCGAAAUGACAGAUACAAGCCCCGCAACCCAGAGCUUGCGAGCAGCAGCAACUCACGGCCGGCCAGCCAGUCUGAUAAACAAAAAUUUGUCGCAUCUGCUCGAUGCUUGGUUAUCCUCACCCCUCUGCCAUUGCGUGCGCGCUCGAGCUUAGGUGCUCCCUCAGCAAGAGACCGACGAUAAGGGUAGGACGUGAGAGGAGCAGUGAGGUACUGUUGCUGAGCUUGUCAACCUCUGCUCCUUUGGCUUCAACCGAGCAAGUCCGUCCCAGAUCACACCAUGCUGCAUCGCCUCCUUUCUCUCUGUGUCGCCAUUGAUAUCGCCUCGUUCGUCAAGGCCGACCACUUCACCUGUAAUUGGCAGC